CCUGGACUUGAACGCGAUAAAAUGCUUGGGGAAGAAAAAAUAAAUAAAAUCGAUCGCGAGACGCGAACGCGUCGGUGGGGCUCGGACCACCUGUGUGCUGGACUGCCAAUCAGAAGACGAGAAACGUGGACAGCUUGAAUCCCCACACGUCCGUCUGUCCUCUCCAUUGCCAUUCCUUUCAUUUCACACCAAAGCAACAAAGCGAGCGUCUUUCCUUUCCUUCACCUUUUCAGGAACGAAGGAUUAAACAAGCCAGACACCCGACUCAGGAUUACACUACCGCCACCAGAAACCCAACGUUCAGUCCAAAAAGCGGGAAAAAAACAGCCAAAAAAACCCAACAACAACAACCUUCCCCUCUACUACGAUACAACACGCCUCAGAUGGAGCCCAAUAACCAACCAAUGCUCAUGAUCGAGGGCCCAAAGUUCUCUGGGUUCGAUUUCUCUCCUGCACCGGCAACUAUGACGACAACGGCUCAGUCUGUGUGGUUACUUCCUGAGGGACGCGAGCCGUUCGUGAUCAACGGCCGUCGCAUUGUUUUGCCCGAGAAAACAGCACCUCCACGACCAGCAGACUCAGACCAGGACGAGAGCGAAAACAGAUAUGUGGACGAUGAGGUUUCGGGCCUGUCGCAUACCGCCAAAACCGCCGGUGCCGUUUGGGAUUGUAGUAUCAUCCUGAGCAAGUACUUGGAAGCUCUCGCCGAAAAGACACCAGAAUUCUGGACUCGGAAGCGUGUGCUGGAGCUGGGUGCAGGACAAGGGAUCGCAUCGUUCAGCGCUGCGGCCUUGGGUGCUGAACGUGUCAUUAUUACAGACGUGGAUUCCGCACUACCGACGCUACGCAAGGGAGUGCAGCUGAACGGAUUCGUUCCACCACAGGUGCAAGUGACGGCUCUCGAUUGGACAGAUCGUGCACAGGCCAUGGAUCGCAUCUGGAAUGAGCUGCUCAUGGUCCCGUCGUCCCAGGCACCGGUCUCCAAUGAACCCAUGCCCACAGAUCGCAUGCCGGCUCAGAAGAGCCAACAACAGAAGCAAAGGCAACCGAAACCACGACUGGAUUAUAUCUUGGCGUCAGAUGUCGUUUGGGUCGAUUAUCUGAUCCCAGCAUUGGUCGAUACUGUGGGCGAACUACUUCAGGUGGAGAAGGAGAGACGGGAUAGUGUUAUGGACGAUAAGGAUGGGGGAUUGCAACAUGUGCUGGAUGGAGGACCGACCGAUGUAUCCUCACCACCGUCCCCUGUGGUUCUUCUCGCAUAUCAAUUCAGAUCCACUCGAGGCGACCAAUUGCUUUUUGAUUCGCUGGAUCGACUGGGCCUGAGUCGACAGAAACUAAUCUUGGACGGCUCGGAUGAUACGGACAAGGACGCCGUGAAUCUGGAUUCAAAGUUCAGACGCCCCAACCUUGCGAUCUGGAAGGUGUGGAAAGAAUGAAAUAAACAUACGACACUUGUAACAGCGA